AUGAGUGCGGCCUAUGAAUCACGGGACGUCUGCUCAUGCAGGAACAAGGAAUCUCUCGUGCAACAUAACGAAUUAGCCACUAUCAAUCGCCUACCGGAGGAGCUACUGUGCGACAUAUUCCUCCGCACUCGCCCAGACGACGAUGCUUGGGAACUACCCCUUCGUGUCUCACACGUGUGUUCUCACUGGCGUCUCGUCAGCCUGGGCUACCCUCUGCUUUGGAACCACGUGGACUUCGACUGUUUUGGUCCCGCCCUCAUAUCCGAACUCCUCUCUCGGACAAGAGGUACCACCCUCCAUGUCCGGAUUACGGACAAAAGCUUAUGUCGACAUGACGUGCCGUCCCUGCGCAACCUGUGGCCAUCCACCAUCUCAAAUGCAUGCUUUCUGUCUCUGAUAUGCCCACGCAUGGCGCUGGACUCGGAUCUGUUCAAUUGGCUUGUCUCGACGCCAGCUCCCCGGCUGGAAUGGCUACAAAUAGACGGCAGUGGCCUGUGGCACAUCCAGAGUAUUAGUCCGGAUCAAUUCUUUGGCGGACUAUCGCCGACGCUUCAGCAACUAGACGCCUUGAAUCUUCCUUGGGCAUUGCAACCCGGCUUUUGCAAGGGCUUGUCAAAACUAAACCUAGUCUCGGGUAACAAUAUGCACUCUACAACCCACGACGGCUUCAACAUUAUACAAGUGCUGCGUGACUGCCCCGAUAUAGAACAGUUGAUAUUACAUGGACCUUAUGAUAUGAUAGGCCCCGACAUGCCCGAUAUCUCCUGUCCGGUCAAUCUACGACGGCUUCGGCAGUUAACUCUAAAUCUUCAAGCUCACCUGCUCCUUUACGUCUUGCGUCACAUCAUAAUUCCGCCGGGCAGCACCGUCAGAAUUCAAUCACGGGGGUUCCCCAGGUUUCCAGCAGCGUUAGCUGGCAUUCCUCCCCAUCUACCUUCCAUAGGGCAUAUGGACGGCAUAACAAUUAGGAUACGUUCCAACCCCUCGCGUUCUGACCUUUUCGCAAGAGAACUGAACAUUAGCGGUACCACGAUCUUUGGCGGCGAGCUCGGUAUUGAACUUGACGAUCAGUACUCAGGGUCGACUUUCCAAGGCAAUAUUGUGGAUUCAAUUCUUCGAACAUACUCGUUCUCUGCCGUACGAUGUCUGUGCAUAGAGGGGGAACUCGCUGCGCCCUUGAGACGUAUGGAGGCAGAGGACGUCGAGUCCGCGGUGAAGAUUCUGCGACAUGUUGUCAAUUUGGAGGAAUUGACGGUGCGCAGUAUGUCAGACAGUUGCUCCAGACUCUGGGACGCCCUCGCGCGUGGGUGCCGGGAUCGGCAGAGCCCUACGUUACCCGCUCUCAGCGUCCUCAAAUUGCAGAGGUGUAUCGUCACUCCGAGUUUAAUGAAGUUCUUCUCGGCGUGGCCCUCAGUGAAGAACCUAAAGGUUCUGCAAAUUGUAUCUUGCAUGAAGCAACGCAUCAUCUACAAUGGGGAUGUCAUCGCGCAAAUCCGGGAGCAACUGAGCUGGCUAUCUCCUGGGACGGAUAUUCAGGUAGUAAACUGA